AUAAGUCAUUUAACACGUUGACUAAGAAAACACCUUAACUAAAAAAAAAAAGAUGAGCCAUGUUGCUUGAAGAAAGACAUUCAAUCAAUUAUCCAACACGAGUGAUUCGGGACUCAUCACUUUUCAUUCACCUAACACGAGGAAUGCUCAAUAUAUUGGGUGGGUGCAGCAUGACUUAGUUUGAUAGCAUGUUUGGUUUUGUUUGAUUCUUGUCCGGGCAGUAAAAAUAAAUUGUAAGACUCCAUGUUUAUCCAUUUCUGAAAGCAUGUUUGAUUUAUAACUAGUUUGAAGCUAUGCCGGUGAUUGAAGCUGAGAGUUCCAUCGGGGUUAGGGGGAUGGAUGAUGAAGCCCCUGCAUACACUUUGGAUGAGGCACUUGCCUGUUUGGGGUUCGGGAAAUUCCAAGGUCUGGUGCUUGCUUAUGCUGGUCUUGGUUGGUUUGCAGAAGCAAUGGAGCUUAUGCUUCUCUCUUUUGUUGGUCCAACUGUUAAGUCCCAGUGGGGACUCUCCUCAGGUCAAGAGAGUCUGUUAUCAACAGUUGUAUUUGCUGGCAUGCUUGUUGGAGCUUAUUCUUGGGGCCUUGUCUCUGAUAACUGUGGAAGGAGGAAGGGUUUCCUAGGAAUUGCUGUGCUGACUAGUGGAGCUGGACUUUUGAGUAGUUUCUCCCCAAAUUAUGAAUCUUUGGUGAUAUUUCGUUGUUUGGUUGGCUUAGGCCUGGGUGGCUCAACUGUACUCUGCUCCUGGUUUCUAGAGUUUGUUCCUGCUCCACACAGAGGGAAAUGGAUGGUUGUCUUCUCAACUUUCUGGACAUUGGGUGCAAUUUUUGAGGCUUCACUUGCAUGGCUUGUCAUGCAAAGAUUGAGUUGGAGGUGGCUACUUGCAUUCUCUUCUCUACCAUCAAUUGCUCUUCUUCUCUUUUAUGGUAUUGUACCAGAAUCUCCAAGGUAUCUAUGCAUGAAAGGAAGAAUAAAUGAUGCACAUAAAAUUCUGCAGAAGAUAGCUCUUCUGAACCAAUCUGAACUUCCUCCUGGGAUGCUUGUUCCUGAUAGUACAGUAGGACAGGAAGAAAAAUCUGCCCCAUCAAAAUAUACUCCUCUUCUAUCUUCAACCAGAAAAGUGAUUGUAGAUUUUAAAUCUGUCUUUUCAUCAUUUUUCUUGCUUUUUUCAUCGAGAUUAAUUCAAACAACACUGCUCCUAUGGGUCUUACUAUUUGGAAAUGUAUUUUCGUAUUAUGGUAUCAUACUGCUGACCUCAGAGCUAAGUAGUCAGCAAGGCAAAUGUGGCUCGACUAUCUUGAGCUCAGAAAAUCUCCAGAAUGACAGCCUCUACAUAAAUGUGUUUGUUACUAGUUUGGCAGAGCUUCCUGGGCUACUUUUAUCUGCAAUUAUCGUGGAUAGACUUGGCCGCAAGCUUUCCAUGGCCCUUAUGCUUGUUUGGGGUUGCAUUUUUCUUUUUCCACUGCUUUUCAAUGUGUCUGCAAAUCUGACAACAGCAAUGUUAUUUGGAGCUCGCAUGUGUGUCAUGGGAUCUUUCACAAUUGCUACAUUAUAUGCCCCGGAGUUAUAUCCAACAGCAGUGAGGGCAACUGGUGCUGGAGUGGCAAGUUCAGUGGGGAGGAUUGGUGGCAUGAUAUGCCCUCUAGUGGCGGUUGGACUGGUGACUGGUUGCUAUCUUACAGAAGCUAUCAUUCUAUUUGAGGUUGUGAUGGCUAUUUCUGCAUUCAGCUGUCUGCUCUUCCCGUUUGAAACCAAGGGACAGGAGUUGAGUGACAGUGUAGAUCAUGUAUCUGAUUCAAUACAAGUUGCUUCUUUUCGGUAGUAAAUCCAUCCCCCCAUCAUCAAACAUUGCAAAAAGGGAAAUGCUUGAGCUGUGCUUGGAUUUUCUGUCUGAUUGUUUUGGAAUAGAAAGUCCGACUAUGGUUCCACCUCCACCAAUUCCAGGUCUAGGAAUGGAGAGUGUUAUGGAACCCCUGCUCUAAACUGAAUCUCAAAUCAUGGAAGAUUUUUUCUUGGCCAUUUAAACCCCAGAAUAUAUGUUUGAAUUGAAAUGAUUAAAUUCUGUGCGUUGCAAAAUACCAA